CUUCGUCGACCACACUACAAAUAGUAAUAGGGAGGCACCGGGGGAAAACCCAACAAACAACCCACUCACACGCUCUCCAAAAAUCAACCCUCAUCGGCUUCGAUCCAUCCAUCUUUUCCUCUCCGAGAUGUCGAGCACCAACAACAACACCAGCUUAUCCAAGGACGCCGCCGCGACAUCGCCGACGACGGCGCACGACGCUCCGGCGGCGGCGGCGGCGGCGGCGGAGAAGACGGUGGUGCACACGGUGGAGCUGAGGCAGUCGGCGGGGCAGGAGGAAGGGCUCAAGCCCAUCGAUGUGGUGCACGAGAUCCCGGCGGCCAGCAAGGAGGCUCCUCCGGCUGAUAAGCAGGAGUAGCAGCUACCCGGACAGCAAUUUGGAGAAGAAACUCCUGGUCAAUUGAUUACUAGUUGGCGUGUAAUAAGCAUCUCCUAGGUUGAGUUGGUCGGUGGAUGGCCAGGAGCGUGAAUCUCCUGUUAUGUCUCUGUUUGUUGUGUGUGUACCAGAGGAUGGGAUCGGAUUGGAUUGCCGACCGAUUUGUUUCGCUACGGAAAAUAAGAGACGGAUUUUACGGUAGCCCAGUUUGAUA